CUUGACUGUACCAAGUGGAUUAGGCCUAAGGGCCAAAUUAUGGACUGACUGUUGUUACCUAGCAGGUACUUGCUAUGCACUAGAGAGCUCUAUGCUAGAGAGUAGAAAGUACCUGCUAGGUAACAACCAGACACUUAUUAACUGCCAAACUUUUCAAAAAAAGUGAUGCCGCUGCAACCAACGUUCAAAGACGGCAAAAGAACCAUCGAUUAUGUUUUGGUCUACAAAACCUCAGCGCUGCUAACGGAAGGUGCGGCUACAAAACACAAAACUUUUAUAGACACUCUUAAAAAGUUAGGAUUGGAAUUGGAAAAUGAAGCUUUUUCGGUAGACGAAGACAUAAUAUUUGUUAAAAUCCACGCGCCAGAUAGUUUUACGUUUUCCUAUGCAACUUUGUUGGACAUUGAACUAUCGUGUAAUAGUUUUGAUUAUAGACCCCACAUUUCACCCCCUCCAAACUUUAUGUCCACACCGCUUACCAAACCCAACAUAAAUGAUCCUAUUUAUGCUAGAGCACCGGAAACUAUUAGCGGCGAAAUACCCAAAAAAAUAACCACAUCGGAACGAAUCAUGGUUAUUAAUCAAUUAUUAUCUAGAUGCAUUUGGGGUGAAGAAAAGUGGGAAUAUGGACUUAACAGAUUGAUUGCGGCCAAAAUAAUCAAAGACGCAUUUCCCUUACACGAUGGAACCUAUAAAUGGACAAGGGAAGGGCCAUUGAAUGAUCGACAAUUGUUAGCCAGGUAUUGGGGAAAACCAAAUUGUUGUCUAAAAGCACAACCUUUAAAUCUAGUAGAAAAAUACUUUGGCACUGAGUAUGCUCUGUAUUUCGCUUGGCUGGGCAUGUACAUCAAAUUUCUUGUACCAGCUGCCAUUCUGUCCAUUUUAGUCAUCAUAUAUGGUUUAGCUACAAUAUUUACUCCAAUGAAUCGUAAGGCGACCCAAAUAUGCAACAGCGACAUGAUAAUGUGCCCAAAAUGUCACUAUAAUAAUUGCCCGAGAGAAUAUUUGAGUAAUUCUUGUUACAGCGCUAAUAUGGCUUAUUUGUUUGAUAAUGGGUGCGCUGUAAUGUUUGCUGCAAUAAUGUCUUUAUGGGCUACGAUUUUUAUGGAGUUUUGGCAAAGAGAAGAAUCGGUGCUCCAGUUGCAGUGGAACGUUAAAUCACUGAAAUAUACUAUUACUAUGAGGCCAGAAUUCUUGGAAGCAGCGCCUUACAAAAGAUUUUCUCCUAUUACCAAUAGAUUGGAACCUUUUAUACCUAAAAGGCAACGGACCAUUCGGUAUGUUAUCACUUUGGCCUCCGUGACGCUAUUGCUAUGCAUAAUGAUUCUGGUAACAUUCGGAGUAAUGAUCUACCGCGUAACUGUAAACACAAUCCUAAUCCAAUCACCAACCCCCGAAAUUAUGCCAGAAGUAAUGAGAAACAAAUACAGAGGCCUUUUUGCUUCGGUAUCGGGCGCUCUCAUUUCGGCAGUGUUCAUUUUCAUAUUCAAAUGGGCCUACGAACGCAUUGCCUUAUUUCUAACAGACAUGGAGGUUCACAGGACGGUUCGAGAGUAUAACGACUCUUACGUAUUUAAAAGUUACGCUUUAGCGUUCGCCAAUAAUUAUUCUGCAACUUUCUAUGUAGCCUUCUUUAAGGGCAAAUUCUAUACACAUCCUGGAGACUUGGAACUCUUUGAUCACUUGGGUGGUAUAAACUCGGAUAUUUGUGAUCCAUCAGGGUGCAUCGUAGACUUGGCUAUACUACUAAUUAUUAUAAUGGUUGUUAAGGCUUUUGUUAGCAAUGUUGUUCAGGUUUUUUUACCGAAAAUCACAAAACGAUUCAACCAUACCAUUUCAAAAGUCAAAAAUCAAUCUAACAUUCCCCAAUGGGAGGACGAGUAUCUUUUAGCUAAAGCCGACCAGUUUUUUAUUGUAGACGAGUACAUGGAUAUGGUUAUUCAAUACGGAUUCGUUAAUUUUUUUAUAAUGGGAUUUCCAUUGGCUCCGCUGUUUGCACUAUUGAAUAAUUUAGCCGAAAUAAGAGUGGACGCAAGUAAAGUUACUAAAAGUUAUAGGAGACCUGUGCCAAAUAGACAAACCGGAUUGGGGGCUUGGUUUGCAAUUUUACAAGCUACGACUUAUAUAGGAGUGGUCACUAAUGCUUUAGUUAUAGCGUUUACGAGUAACUUUAUGGAGAGAACAAUAUAUUCCUAUUUGAAAGGUACACCAGGUUUAUUGGGAGCUGAUCUGGAUGAAACUUUUUCAGUGUUUGAACUUGAAGAAUUUGCAAUAUUAAGAUCGAGCAAAGCGAGCAAUAGCACUCUUUGCUAUUAUCCAGGUCAACGCUAUCCCCCUGAUCACCCAUUAAAAUACCAACGGAGGAAAGAUUUUUGGCAACAUUUGGGAAUUAAAUUUGCUGUUGUGGUGAUUUUUGAGCACCUUGUAAUCAUAAUAAAAGGUCUAGUAGCUUAUGCCAUUCCCGAUGUUCCUUUUUCUGUUAAACAACAAAUAGCCCAUCAAGAGAAAAUGACUACGAGAGCCAAAAACAAGACGAUCAGCAAUAAGUAUAUGAAAGGGCGGCCAGACUCUUUAAGAAGAUACAGCAAUUGAGAAAAUUAUCAAUAAUUAAUAUAUUUUGUGUAGUAAUUAAGUGGUAAUUUUUAGAACAUUAAAUUUAUAGAUAAAAGAUGCCAAUAGAGAGGUGUUUUGCGCCAAUGUUUUUAGUUUUGCUGUGCUGGACAUU